UCCCCGCCGUCCGUCUGAACCGCUCUAGUCGGGGAGCGGAGGGCGAAGCGCAACGGGAUGAAAAGAAAAAGGGAGGAAGCUACAUCAAGAAGCCGCUCAACGCCUUCAUGCUGUUCCGGCAGGAGCAGAGGCCAAAGGUCGUCGCUCUGCUCAACAUUCGAAACAGCGCCGAUGUCAACAAAGUGGUCGGACAGAUGUGGAAGUCGCUGAGCAAAAAGCAGCAGAGGAAAUACUACGAGCUCGCCGACGCUGCCAAACUCCUCCACAGCCAACAGCAUCCCGAUUGGUCCUGCACUGAAAACUACGGGAAGAAGCGGAAGAGGCAAAGGGUCAAAGUUCAUGGCAAAGGUCAAGGUAAGAAAUCGUGGGAAAAAAAGUGUGAAAUGUGCAAUCUCACCGCU